UUGGCUCCACUGGAACUGUAAAACUGACUUUUAGCUUCACUUUGGAUUAAAAUAUGCCUCACAUCCCCUCACUGAAUUUACUGGAUCAAGAAUCAGCCCCUAAAAAUAAAGUACACGCUCCAUCUUCUCCUAAGGGACCCACAGAAAAAAUAUGUACUCACUCCCUUAAAAAGCCUGCUACAGUGCCCUUAGUAAGGAACGUAGUCAGGAUGGAGAGGGAGAAAGGCCAUUUGGGAUUCCCUGACUCCGUGUACUCUCAAGCUGCAGCUAUUUUCCAGAAGACUCAUGCCGAGAAAGACCUUGUGCGCGGAUUCAUUCGCUAUGGGUCCAGUGGUGUAGAAGAUAGCUCUGGAUUUGUUGCCGGUGGUGAUGCCGGCGUCAAGCAGAAUGAGCACUGGGCGUAUGAUCUGGGAUUUAACGCCCUGAAAUACCAAGACCUUCUAGAAGACAUCCUGAUUGACAGCCUCUUUUACCGUUCACAGCAAAUGCCAGAUGACCUUAUGGCUCUUGUGAUGGUCUUACUCUAUGACAUUCUGAACAGAAAGUUCCAACCCAGAGAACCAAUGAAAAAAGCAGAGGGGGGACUUAUAAAGGAAGUAAGGCAGGUAGAGGACAGCCUGUAUAGGUUCAAGACAAAACUGGACGCCUGUCUGGCUCACUGUAGAAUAAAGCAGAAUUUGAUAACCAUUGAUAACUUCCUGCCACAGGUUGUCAGGGGAAAACAUCGAAGAAAGCAAACACUACCUCUCUACGCCUGGAUCAACACCCUUAAAGCGAGCAUCGAAAACGUGUGUGAGGUUCUGAGGACAGAAGGUUAUACUCGGGUGGAUUCACACACACAGCUUUUAGGAAAUGUGUUUUGUAAAGACAGACACUGCUCUAAUGUACUACUGUUUCCCAGAAGUGUCCAAAAACGACUGGAGAAAUGCAAACUUAUAACAGAAUACAUACUCAUAAUACAGGAUAAAUCUCGCAGUCUUGUAGCAUGUGCGGUUCGUCCACUGUUAACAGAGAAGAGUGAUGUUCUGAUGGUCGGGUCCUUCUCCGCUCUUACUGUGGCCCAUGUGGCUGUCCAAGCUGCUGCCCGGUCUGGAUGUGUACGUGUAUGUGGGGUCUUUAACCCCACACUUCAAGAGGAAUUACAAACAACUUUGUCCUCUAUUGGCUGCACAAAUGUAAAACUGCUGUCUGAUGACUUUCAUGAGCUGAAUGAAUGGGAUUCACGCAUUCAGAAGGUUCAGGUGAUUGUUCUGCUUCCACAGUGUUCGGCAUCAGCACUGUGCAACCCUGUUGAGUUCAUCCUCAAUGAAAAUGGAGAUAGAGGGCUGCUACAUGGUUUAUCUAAAGGUAGCAUCUCUGACAGUAAGCUGGAGGAAUUGGUUGCCAAACAGAUGCAAUACCUCAGCCGUGCGCUCACCUCUUCUAAGGUGAAAGCUGUUGUGUACUGCACAUGCUCUGUGUAUCCAGAGGAGAAUGAACUACUGGUGAAGAGAGCGCUGGAAAAGGCAGAAAGUAAAGCAAAAGCACUUCCCUUCAGGCUGGUUAGUGCAGGAUGGGGCGACAGGGAAGAGAAAUUUUUCAAAACAGAAGCAUCUGACUCCACAAAUGGCUGCUUUCUCUGCGUGAUGAAGCGAGGGCAGGACUCAGCAGAGGUGGAAACAGUGCAGGAUAUUUUGGCACGAGCUGCUGCUAAAGGUUUGCUGGGAGGGCUGAUGCCUCCUGACCCUCUGAAUGGAGAGAAACAGAAAAAGAGAAAAAAACACAAAGAUUCCUCACUAGCUCCUCCCUCGGUCUCUUUGAUUAAGCCAAUCACACCGGUGAAGACCAGUCUGAGUCUGGAGUACGACAUACUUACCGCUUCUGCCAGACAAACUGAUACCAUUCAAAAUCACACUUCUCUGAAUCACAGUCCCAUAGAUCAGAUUUCAGUUAUGGAUGGCACUUCCAGCUCUACUAAACCUUCUAAUGUUCAGUACCAAGCAUCCAAUGAAAUAACUCAAUAUCCUACUGUUCAAAAGAAGCAAUCAAAACCCCAGAAGCCUCAUACUAAAGCUCCUAAGCAGUCCAGGAGAAAAAAGACGAGCAAGUCCCACACAAAUAAAGAACAUCAGAGCAGGACUCAUCAGCCAUCAAGCACGAAACUGUUGCACCUUCGGCCAUCUCAACACACUACAGCACCUCCCAAACACAAUUCUCAAACCAAACCGACUACUUUCAGAACUCCAGCGUCAACAUACAGCAGAGCCGUAUCUCAGGAAACACUGAUUUCAUUACAGGAAGUGCUUAAUCCGAAACAGGAAGUUAUCGCAUCAAAGGUUGUCAGGUUGGAAAAGGAGUUCUCUCUCCCUCCUGUUUCUCAGCUCAGUCGUGCACACCUCUCUUCAUCUCUUAAUCGUAUGUACUCCUCCGCCUCCUCUAGUUUCUCCACCCCUCUUUCUUCAACCAGCAGUAUCGGGAAGAGCCCAGACUCCAUGGUUUCACAUUCACGAGCAUGGCGCUGAGCUACAAAAUGUUCAUUAAUACACAUCCCAUUUUAGGUUAUUUUAAACCCAGUGAUUGGGUUUGUCCAUUUUUCACUAACCAACGAUCCAUAAUUUUUUUAGUGUAGCAAAAAUACGUCAUGUUUAACUCAUGUUGUAUCCAGGUGGUUGUGGUUGGCUAGUUAGCUCUGGCAGAUAACAUAAACUAAAAAAGCAUCAUUAAAGAGAUAGUUUAUUAACUCACCCUCAUGUUAUUUUAACCCCCAAUGUCUCAUUUUGUUUCACUCCCCUCCACCAAACCCUGUUGUAUUGUUUGCCUUCAGGACACUUAAAAUAUACAUCACAAAUUGAGUGGUAUUAUUCAUUUAACACUUUUGGGUCCUUUUGAAGCUUAAAGAGGUGGUCACCAUCCACUCUCAUAGUAAACCCGAAACCCCCAAACAACGUGGGGUGAUCAAACGACAUGAGGGUUAGUAAAUAAUGACAAAAUUCUUGUUUUGGGCUAAACUAUCCCUUUAAGAGCCAUCCAAAAGUAGCUAUUCUUAAAAAAUAGCUUUACGUAUUUAACAGAGAUGGAUAAAUUCAUACAAAGUUGAUCAUACAAAAAUUGUGAAUGUUCGAAAAAAGAAUUCUACCCCACCCUCACCCAGAUGCGAAGCCUAAUCCCAACAUCAAAGGGUGAUAGAAAAUAGUAAAAAAAUACAAAUUUGAAAAUUCAUACGAAAUAGCCACCUCCUAAAAUAUGUGCAAAUUGCAGAAGGGAUUGUUCAGUUUUUUUCAUACAAAAAUGUUUGAAUAUAAGAAUAUUUUUUUUUAUUAUACCCAACCCUGACCCCAACCCUAAACUCAACGUCACAGGGUGAAAGAAAAUAGUACAAAAAUGUACGAAUUUGAAAGUAUGAAUUAAUACGAAAUAGCCACCUCCUAAAAUAUGUGCAAAUUGUUGAAGAAAUUGUUUUCAUUUUUUCAUACAAAUAUGUUUUAAUAUUAGAAAAAAAUAUUAAUUAUACCCCACCCCUCAUCUCAAUUUCACAGGGUUUAAGAAAAUAGUCCAAUAUUGUACAAAUUUAUACGUAUGGAUUCAUACAAAAUAGCCACCUCCUAAAAUACUUGCAAAUUGCUGAAGAGAUUGUUCAGUCCUAUUCAUACAAAUAUCCUCAAAUAUUAAUUUAACCCUCACCCUGACCCCAACCCUAAUCCCAAUUUCACAGGGUGAAAGAAAAUAGUAAAAAUAUUACGAAUUUGAACAUACAAAUUCAUAUGAAAUAGCCACCUCCUAAAAUAUGUGCAAAUUGCAGAAGAGAUUGUUCAGUUUUUUUCAUACAAAAAUGUUUGAAUAUUAGAAUUUUUUUUUAUUAUACCCAACCCUUACCCCAACCCUAAACUCAAUGUCACCGGGUGAAAGAAAAUAGUACAAAAAUGUACGAAUUUGAAAGUACGAAUUCAUAUGAAAUAGCCACCUCCUAAAAUAUGUGCAAAUUGUUGAAGAAAUUGUUUAGUUUUUUAUACAAAUAUGUUUUAAUAUUAGACAAAAUAUUAAUUAUACCCCACCCCUCAUCUCAAUUUCACAGGGUUUCAGAAAAUAGUCCAAUAUUGUACGAAUUUGAAUUCGACUGGAUUCAUACAAAAUAGCCACCUCCUAAAAUACUUGCAAAUUGCUGAAGAGAUUGUUCAGUUCUAUUCAUACAAAUAUAUCCUCAAAUAUUAAUUUAACCCCCACCCUGACCCCAACCCUAAUCCCAAUUUCACAGGGUGAAAGAAAAUAGUACAAAAUGUACACAUUUUAAAGUACGAAUAUCUUUAAAUAUAAAAAAUAUAUAAAUUAUACCUCACCCUGACC